GUCUUCUCCCAUUUCAGAAGCUUCAGUCAGAUGUCUUUUAUUUUGAUUAACGUAUUUCCGGUUUGAGUUUUUCAUAUCCUGUGAAGAGAGCUAUUGAAGUUUGUGGAUAAAAUCUAACGGUACGCGGAAGAAAACAUCGACAUCAGUUAUUUCUUGAAGUGUGAUGUCUACAGGUGCUCGUGAUGGAGGGUGGAACUGGAGUCUACUACCAAGCAAUGCCUGCAGUGGGACCAGAUGGGAAAAACGUCAUGAAGUUGAUCCCUGUCCAGAAAGUGAACGGACAGUUUUAUCAGGCGCCAUUUAAUACAGAAAGAGACAAUGUGGAUCUACAACUGAAAGCUUUUGCAAAACCUGUUCAUACACCUGCUGCCUCUUCAUCUCAAACACAGACUCGACUUCCCUCCCUUCAGCCCAUAGCAGAUGGACGGGUCGUCCUAAAAACCCUGCCAGAGUUCAGAACUUUAUCUAACGCCAUCAAACCUCAACCAAGUGGAAAUAAUAACUUCACCAUUCACAAUCCAAAGCAAGUGCACGUUCCUCUUGCACCACAAUCGGUUUCCCACUAUACAGUCCAGUUACCUUCUCAACCCAAUGGACAGGGCAUGAUGGCUGUUCAAACAUUGCCUGUUACCGUAAAGUCACCUGCUCUCCCAAACGGUCAUUUCCUGCAGAUCCCACCGAAUGCAAAAGUUAGGACUCUGCCGGCAACUGCGCUCCCGCAGUCCAUAAAAUGCCGGAUAAUGAACUCUGUGAAUAACACCCCUAACCUUGGGAAGGGUCCACCAACUGUUGUGCUUGUGUCCCCUGUGAACUCUGUGAAGCUAACUUCUGACCAGCAAAUGGUUUUGCUUACAAAGCCAAGUCAAAUACAGAAGACCCUGUCUCAAAAUCCUCCUGCAAACUUGCAAACACCUGUUUGUGUUCCUAAAACUAAUGAAGAAGUGAACACUCCCAUUAAAUGGGUUGUCCAGGAGGGAACAGGCGCAACCGCUCCUUGCCUUGUACCAUUGUCGACACCGAAUGUCAGCUCUGAUAGCUUAAAUGCGGUCAAGCAUGUCAACUCGGUUGGUAAGGUAAACGAAAUCAUGGCAAGUAAAGUUACACCACCUCAGACCAGCCAAGAAAAGAUCACCCCGGGAAAGGACAACGCAUUGGUCAUGUGCAACGGGAAAGUCUAUUUUGUGGCCAAGAAAAAUUCAGAGAUCGCCAAGGAUGUGAUGAUCAGCGAAGGUGGAAAAAAGAUGUUAGUCAGCACUUCUCCUGCCCUCCCUGCCAGCUCUGUUCUAGGGUCAAACUCUUCUAAGCGAGAACCCAAAAAAGUAAGUGAAAUCAUUGAUCUCUGUGAUGACGAUGAGGAGACGUCCACGUGCCUGGGAGGCGCCCCGGGUAAUUUGCCCACACCGAGUCAAACAGAGGUGGAUGAGAGCGAUGAAGACUCUAAUGUAAUAUUUGUGUCAUAUAUUCCACCAAAGUCAGGUGAAAAAGUGGCAAAAUCUGCCUCUCAGAACAAAUAUGAAGACGUUCAACACAGAGAGAUCAACACAAAAUCUGUCUGUCUGAAUGAACGGAAAAAAACGGCACAAGAUAGCAUUUGGGAUAAUCGUUCAGCCAAAUUGGGUGAUGACAAAAUGAAUGUGGAUGAGCAGGUCAAGAAAAAUUUGAGUUGUGUUUUCGAAAAUAUGAAUAUGGAGGCAGAUAAAGACUUGGACAGUCCAACAGAGACAAGAUGUCAAGCUGAAAUAGUUGUCGCUGAAACAGUCAACGUGUUGGAACAGCCCCAAAAUGUCUGUAUUCACACAACUGAUAAUACUGAAAAGGUCAUUGGAAAUCCAGCCUCUGAUCCGAGUUGUCAACCCAAGAGUGACUGUCAGCUGAGAAAAGAAUUCGGCAUCACCUCUGACGUACAGAUUUGCUUGCAAAGAACAAAGCCGGCUGUGAAGCCAGAUCAACAAACAGAGAGACUUAUCAUAAACAAACGCACGUUAGAUGGCCUUCGUAAAGUUAUCCAGGAUUCAAAGCUGCAGUCAAAAAUACAGCUGAUGAUGCAGGUUCCCUACACAAAAGUAGAGGAGGAUGAAGGUCUGAAGGUCAAAAGAAAAAAGGAGGAGCAGGAUGAGAGUCAAGAUAUUCCCUCACUAAGCACCACAUAUAACAUUUCACCUGUUUCUAAAUGCUCAGUAGUUCCCAUGGAAAACAGUUUGGUCUCACAGACUUGUCAAAAAGAGGUUUAUUCACCAACAGAAUCUACAGUCAAUAAGGUUCAUAUGCAGUCUGAAAUGCCAGCAGAUUCUACUGGUACUCCCUCACCUGCGCAAAACACAACACAGACUGCUAGUCAUCCCUUCUUACCUUUCUCUGCAAGGAAGAUGCCACCACGCUCUAAAAGAGUUAAGGUGUGUACGGCCUGUCCCUGUGGGACGGUCUUAGGGGUUGCAGAAUCCACUUCGUCACUCCAUCCACAGGAGAAACCGAAUCCAUGUACUGUUGCUGAAUCACACAAAGGGACAAAAAGAAGCUGCUUAAAUAAAACCCCAGUGGAGAGAAGUCAACCAAAAGAUCCUGUUCAGAAAGCAACGAAGAAACCGUUAUCAAGAAGUCCACGUAAAGACAACGCUCCGUUUGAAAGCUCUACUAGUGAAUCAUCACACAACAUCUCCUCACUUCAUAGUUCAUUAAGUGCUUUCUCUUCAUCCAGUUUACAGGACUGCAACAACCACAUUACACUGUCCUCAAGGGGAAUAAAAUGCGGAAACACGUCGGGCAGCCGCACAGAUGCUGAAACAUCCCAGCAAGACAGCAGCCAGGUGCAGACAGCAUCAAACAGCCCCAUCAUGCCAUUCUCUAACAAACACCCAGGUCCCAAAAUAGACAACUUUCCAACCCAAGUGCUCUACUCGUUGGAAACGCUGGAUGCUGAGGAGAUAAAGCGGCAGGAGAGGAUCAAACGUUUGAAGGAUCUGCUGAAGGAGAAGGAGGCUGCGCUGGAGCGGAUGCAACAGAGCAUGAAUGUUUAGUCAUGUCUGUUUGAGUUUAAAAGACUGUACACUGCAUGAGAAACUGAAUACCAGCAUUAAGUGUUCAAGAAAAAAUGUACAGCAUCUUAACUAAGUUUUUCCCCUUUUUUAACGUGUUCACUGGAUCUCAGUUUCCAGUCGUUUAAUUCAAUCUUUGAGUAUCUAAGCAUUUUGUGUUGUGUGUUCGUCUUAUUUAUAGUUGUUUGUAAUACAUUUAAGCAACUUUAUAUGCCAUCACCUUUUUUGACAUCUUUGUAUGAUUUAUGUGCCUUCAUUAAUACUUGUUUUUCUGUAGUUCAAUUCAUGUAGUUUUAACUAAAAAAGCAAUUCAAUAAAUAAAAUAAACUUUUGGAGAACCCUUUGUUGGGUAGAUGAAAAAGUGAAACAUGACAUUAAAAAGUGAUUUUUUU